AUGAGCACUGCUCAGACCUACAGCAAACAUUUCAUUCCGCUCGAGUCUAAUCCAGAAGUAUUCACAGAGCUUGCGCAUAAGCUCGGCUUGUCGGCCUCGCUGGAGUUUGAAGAUGUGUUUUCAUUGGAUGAGGAAUUACUAGCACUUGUCCCAAGACCGGUAUUGGGGCUGAUUCUGGUAUUUCCGACGACAGAAGAAUACGAGAAGAAAGUCGAGGAUGAAGAUGCCCUGCUUGAGAGCUUUCAAAGCUCAGAGCAGAGUGAGGAUGUCGUCUUUUUCAAACAAACAAUCAACAAUGCAUGCGGUCUAUAUGCAAUACUGCACACUGUUUGCAAUGGAGAGGCGAGGGAUAGACUCAAAAACGACUCGGUCAUUGCCAAAGUGCUCAACACAAGCUCCAGCGUAGACGAGCUGGUUGAAGCAUUGGAGAAUAGCACCGAGCUGGAGACUUCAUAUGCUAGCGUAGCAUGCAAGGGGAACACGGAAGCGCCGAGCAGUGCCGAGGAAGAGGUGGAUUAUCAUUACAUUGCCUUUGUCAAGUGCAAGAAUGACCACCUCUACCAGCUCGACGGAGACCGGAAGCGUCCAAUCGACCUCGGGCAACUCACGGCAGACGAGGAUGUUCUUGCAGAAAGAUGCCUCAUCGCCAUCCGCAGCAUGAUGGCGCUCGAAGCAGACAAUGUAAACUUCAGCUUGAUGGCUCUGGUGGAGGCUGCAGAGAUGUAGGUAGCCAAGGAGUCACACCCUUCGUAGGAUUUCUCCGAAGAGCGAGUAGUGUGAACUAUGAAGGACCUUUUCUUUGCUC